CUCUGUACUAGGCCCCCGACUGCAGGCAGCAAAGGCCAGGCCAGGCAGGCAGAACUUCAUUCCCUUGUCCCUUAUCACCUUUUGCAACCCCCAUCCUUCUUACCUUUCCCAUGCUACUCCCUUGGAUGACUUGACCGAUUCUACGACAUUCAGUAUGGCGGACGGUAACCCACACCGGGAAGACGACGCAGUGGAGGAGGAAGAGGAAAUCGAUGAGACCAGCUACAGAUCAGUGAAAGAUGCCGUUCUCUUCGCUAUCGAUGUCAGCGACUCCAUGUUGAGCCCUCGUCCCUCAACAGAUCCCAAGAAACCAAUACAAGAAUCGCCCACAACUGCGGCCCUUAAAUGUGCCUAUCAUUUUAUGCAGCAAAGAAUUAUAUCCAACCCACAAGACAUGAUGGGUAUUCUGUUAUAUGGGACGCAGGCGUCCAAGUUCUAUGACGAGGAUGAAGACAGCCGAGGCGAUCUCUCCUACCCCAACUGCUACCUCUUCACUGACCUGGACGUUCCGUCUGCACAGGAGGUCAAAGAUCUUCGAGCACUGGUAGACGAUGAAGGAGAAUCAAGGGAUGUUCUUUCUCCAACAAAUGAGCCAGCCUCUAUGGCAAACGUCCUAUUUUGCGCCAACCAGAUAUUCACAUCAAAAGCGCCAAAUUUUCUCUCUCGGCGAUUGUUCAUUAUAACAGACAAUGACAACCCUCACGGUGAUGAUAAAUCUCUACGAUCCGCAGCAACUGUACGUGCCAAGGAUCUCUACGAUCUCGGCGUCACUAUUGAACUAUUCCCAAUUUCACGACCUGGGCAUGACUUUGAUAACUCCAAGUUUUAUGACGAUAUCAUCUACAAAACAUCGCCCAAUGAUCCAGAGGCCCCUGCUUAUCUGCAAUCUGAUCCGAAGGCAUCGACAGCAGCCGGGGAUGGAAUUUCACUUCUCAGCACGCUUCUGUCUAGCAUUAACUCAAGGACUGUUCCGCGCCGCACUCAUUUCUCGAACAUGCCGUUGGAGCUUGGGCCCAAUUUCAGGAUCUCUGUCUCAGGCUAUAUACUCUUCAGACGGCAAGAGCCCGCUAGAAGCUCCUUUAUCUGGCUUGGUGCCGAGAAGCCUGAAAUCGCCCAAGGGACCACCGCUUUAGUUACGGACGAUGACUCCCGGCCGGUUGAGAAGUGGGAAAUUAGGAAAGCUUAUAAAUUUGGCGGCGAUCAGGUUACCUUCACAGCUGAGGAACAAAAAGCGCUCAGAGACUUCGGUGAACCAGUGAUCCGGAUUGUGGGCUUCAAGCCCAUCGCUGCCCUUCCGUUCUGGGCGAACGUGAAGCACCCAUAUUUCAUCUAUCCAUCCGAGGAAGACUAUGUGGGAUCCUCGCGGGUGUUUUCUGCUUUACAUCAGACUCUUCUACGUGACAAGAAGAUGGCACUUGUCUGGUUCAUUGUACGCAAAGGUGCUGGUCCAGUUCUCGCUGCUAUGAUUGCGGGCGAAGAAAAGACCGAUGAGAACGGUGUACAAAAGUACCCUCCCGGGAUGUGGAUUCUGCCCCUUCCUUUCGCCGAUGAUAUUCGACAAAACCCCGAAACCAGCUUGAAUGUGGCCCCGGAACCACUGAUUGAUCAGAUGCGCGUAGUCAUCCAACAAUUACAACUCCCGAAGGGAUUGUACGAGCCUCUCAAGUACCCAAAUCCAUCCCUUCAAUGGCAUUACCGCAUACUACAGGCCCUUGCAUUGGACGAAGAUCUUCCCGAAAAGCCCGAAGAUAAGACUAUUCCUAAAUAUCGUCAAAUUGACAAGCGUGCCGGGGACUAUGUCUUGUCCUGGGCCGAUGAGCUUGACAAGCAAUACGCAAAGGUCUCGGCAGCGGCCCCUCGUCCCACAAGCACCCUUGUUAAAAGAGGGGCAAAGGAUCGAGCAAGCGAACAGGGCGAUGAUGGAACCAGCAAGCCAUCAAAGAAGGUCAAGGUCGAGGAGGGCUCAGGUGGCUUCGAGGAAGAGGUUCGCAAACAUCACAAGAAAGGCACUCUAUCCAAGCUUACGGUCGCUAUCCUGAAGGACUUCUUGACCUCCCAUGGACGCUCGAAUGCUGGAAAAAAGGCAGAUCUUAUUGAGCGAGUGGAGGAGUUCUUGGAGGCAUAGCGCUCUUAGAUACGUCCUUAGACAGCCUUCGGUAGCUGUGACCUCGCAUGCUUUCACGACACGCUUGAUACAUCCGCUGGGUUGACGCAAUUGAGAGUUUGCCUCCCCAAUUAAGCAUGCAUAGAUCUCGUAGAUUCUUCAUUGAUAGCACGACUUCCAUACCCUACCACCCCAAACCAACUUCCAAGCAAAAUUACCCCCUUUGAAAUAAGAACAAGGUAGUACAAGGAAGAAUCACAAGACGCUUAUGUGCAUAUUCAUCCUAGAUGAAACAGACAUCAAGAUGCACCAGAAACGGCAGUC